CCCAAAAACAAAAAGAAGCACUGCUUAACAACUGACACUAGACAGCAAAGUCUGAAAAAUAGCAACAUGUGCAAAGGACUAGCCGCCCUGCCAGCUACUUGCCUAAGAAGUGCAAAGGACAUGAAACAUCGUCUGGGCUUCUUGUUGCCAAAGGCAGAGACAUUGAGUGAUCACAGUUCAACGUUCAUCAAGAAGGACAAAACAGGUGACACACACAGACUCCAUUAUGAAGAAGUGAAAGAAUGGAGUGAAUCUUUGCUACAACUAAUAUCUCAUAAACAUGGCCUGGUCACGUUCACUGAAUUUCUCCAGUCUGAAUACAGUGAAGAAAACAUCAUGUUCUGGCUGGCAUGCCAGGAAUACAGAAAAUGCAAGUCUCCUGCAAAACUGGCAUCGAAGGCAAAGAAGAUUUUCAAUGAAUACAUUGCAGUUGAGGCUCCCAGAGAAGUGAACUUGGAGUCCCAGGUCAGAGAAAAGACCAGAAAGAAUAUCCUUGAGCCAACGUCUUUAAGCUUUGAUGAGGCACAGAACAAAAUCCUAACAUUGAUGCAGAAGGACUCUUACCCCAGGUUUCUCAAAUCCAAGAUCUACUUGGAUUUACUGAAUCAGACUCAAGCAAGAAGUUAACCAAACAGCGAAGCACAAACACCUUUGACGUCUGACCCACAGCACUCACAUACUUGGUUUACUAGGACUGCCAACACAAGGUUGAUGAUUCUGUGAUUUUAAUUUCAAAAUCUUUGUUAGGUCACGUUUAAAGGAAAGGUACACAUUCUUAUUGUCACUGAGAGUUACUGCAGCUAAAUUUGGCCAACAUAGCACUUUAAAUCUUGGAGAAUGAAAGCAUCUUUUAUACCAUUUUAGCAAAGGGCAAGGCUAGAAUAUUUCAAUUUUUUGUUUCCAGUAGUAUUUUUCUUUUGUGGUGCUACCUUUUUUUGUUUGAGUCCAUCAAAAUUUUCUGCACUGGAAUUAGGCAGAGCAAUGUUUUUGAUAUCAAGGUACACAAACAAGUUUGUGUUCUCAAUGACAAUGAAAUAACUUCAACAGACCUGCUGAAUAUAUGACCUUACCUUCAAGUCAGUUUCAAUGUUAAAUUUUGGUUACAAUGAGCCUGUAUGUACACUCUCAAAAUACCAAGAGUGAUGUGCCCCACCCUCUUCGUUCUCCUAUCUUUCAGAUUCUAUGAGUUGUCAUAGAUUAUGUGGUAGCAUCGGGAAUCUGAGUUAUUCCUUUUCAUCUACUGUCGGACAGAUUGAAGAAAUAGUAAAAUACCAUGACUGUUGCAUUCCAAGCAGUAUCACAUUGAAAGGCUGAGCCAGUUGGAGACACCAUCACCUCCAAAUUCCUCUCCACCUCUCGUAAUAUGCCACUGUGGACAUACAUCAACAAUCAGUGAUAGUUCCUGGGUUAAAAUUCUUCAUACCCCCUCCCUACCAAACUGCAUGCGGAGAGUGUCUUCAAUGAGUGAACUGCAAUAGUUCAAGAAGACUCACCGACAAGUUCUCAAGAAACUGUAGGCACAUAAACAUUUGCCAGAUACGUUCAUCAUUGAAAUAUUGAAUUACGCACACAUGAUAGCAUCACAACAUUGCUGAUUAUUUUUCAGCUGAAACAUAUUGAUAAAAUUAUUUUCAAAAUGAAACAUGACAUGGCCUGUUCAGAUAUCACCCUAUACUUACACACAAACUACUUGAACUGUUUUCAUUUUUUAAAAAAUAUAUUUAUACCACAGUGUAAGAAUCUUCACCUCACCAGAAGUGUGUUAGCACACAAAGCAGUGCUGGUGGAAUUGAUCCGUGGAAGCAACAAUCUUGUUUGUUCUGUAUGUUUGUCAAACGUGUACUUUAGAUACUGAAGUCAAUUGUGGAGUUUGACAAUAUUUGAGAAUAAUUUAUUGUAUUCAGGAUUAAUGUGAAAGUUUAAUUAUUUUUAUACGCGUAAUAUUCAGUAUUGUUGAAUCCCAAGUAUAUCUGAGUUAGUGUGAAAGGCUGCAAUGUGAUGUACUUUUGCAAACUAAACAACAUCUGAAUUCUAAGUUUAGAUGCAAAGUUGCUCUUAUAUAUUUAUUGCCUAAGUUAUGGUGCAUGGGAAUUUGUUUUCAUUUUACAGACAUAAAUAAAUUAUGUUUCAUAUUAA